AUGAUCUGCUCCCAGCCCUGCAUGAUCAUCAGCAGCCGGGACCCAUUUGCUUUCCUCAUGGGUGGGCAGAGCCUCUGUGCCCUCGCCCAGACCCUGGUCAUCUCUCCAGCCAAGCUGGCCGCCUUGUGGUUUCCCGAGCACCAGAGAGCCACAGCCAACACGAUCGGCACCACGUCAAAACCCCUGGGCAUCCUGGUGGCCAACCUGCUGUCUCCCAGCCUGGUGAAGGAGGAGGAGGACAUCCCCUUGAUGUGCACUCGUGCAUACCCUCCCCUCAGCUGGGCAUCUGCAUCAUCCCUGCUGGCCACUGCUUGAGUCUGGGAGAGCACGCCCCCCACCCCGCCCUGCGCGGGGGCUGUCCACUCCACCUCACAGAAGUGCCUAGCCGGGCUGGAGCUGCUCGCAAGGAACAUGGCCUACGUCAUCUGGCCCCUGGCCGCAUGCUUUGGGGGCAGCAUUGGCAUCUUCUCCAGCUUCUCGUCCCUCCUGGAGCAGAUCCUCUGCGUGAACGGCUACUCCAAUGAAUUUGCAGGCCUCUGUGGGGCUCCCUUCAUUGCGUUUGGGGUCUUGAGGGCACUGCCUCUUGGCCUGUAUGUGGACCGGACCAAGCAUUUCACUGGAGCUGUCAAGAUCGGCCUCUGCCUGACAUCUCUGGUCUGCGUGGCCUUUGCCCUGGUGUCCCAGCUGGGGGGACAGACCGUUGUGCUGGCCGCCACCUGCUCGCUGCUGGGGCUCUGCUUCUCAGCGGCGCCUGUCACCAUGCAGCUGGCUGUCGAGUGCUCCUUCCCUAUCAAAGAGCGACAGGGAGAGUCGGAGAGUGAGAGAGACAGAGACCGAGACCGAGAGCGUGAGAGAGACGGCAGUGGGGUCGGCCGCCAGAGAGACGGCGUGUUGCACGCCCACGUCCCCAGACCUGUGUCCACGCUGCUGAUGGCCGGCCUGUGCGUCCUCUUCAGCUGCCUUGGGGUGCUCUUCCUCCCCACCCCAUACCGGCGCCUGCAGGCCGAGGCCGACGCCAGCCCCUCCAUCCAGGAGGACGGGGACCCCUUCUCCCCCCGCAAGAGACACUCGCUGGCUGGUUGGUGGGUUCACGUUUACUGA